AUGGAUUAUAUGCCAUUCAUCGAGACUUUCAGUAAGGAUAUAGUCGAAGAAAGCAGUGUUUUCGAUUCCAUGAACGACUGGCAAGGUUUUAAUGAUGGUGGUGAAAAUGCAAACGCGGUUAAUAAUGAAACAAUAGAAGAUCAAUGCAAUUAUUUAAUGAGGAAUGAAGAUGGCUGUAACGAUGGAAACAAAACAUUAAGUGAGCACAACGACGGAGUUUUAGUAGAUUUCGUCGAUGAUGACGUUGCAUCGUUGAGCAAUGAAGCUGAAGGUAUUGAUUUGCUUUCAUUGUUGCAACUACACUACGCUGAUCACAAAAAUGUAUUUCAUGGUUCUAGUUCUAAGGUUGGUGUCACCAAAUCUCAUAGAUUUAGGAAAGCAAUUACGGGUGGUGUAGAUUGCUCGGGUGGCACCGUAAGAAAUCAUCAAAACUUCAAACACGAUAUGGCUUAUUUUGUUGGCAAUAAAGACGCGCAAAUGUUGUUAAAUGUGAUGUCUAAUAGGAGGAAGGUGUGUCCCGAGUUUUUUUUCGAGUAUAAAUGUGAUGAUAAGGAGUUGUUAGCGAUUUUUUGGGCUGAUGAAACUACGCAUUCGAAUUAUAGGGAAUUUGGUGAUGCAAUAUCAUUUGAUGCAACCUUUAGGACGAAUAAGCAUGCCAUGAUAUUUGUUCCGUUUGUUGCAAUUGAUAAUCAUAAUAAAUCUGUCGUUGUUGGAGCUGUUUUGAUUCACAAUGAAUCUGUGGUUGAUUACACUUGGAUCAGUAAUUACCUCCAACAUCGUAUGUCGUUUGUUAGCGAAUUUAAUAAGUUAGUGUGGAAUGUUCACCUUGCCCCUGAUGAAUUUGAGAUGAAAUGGCUCAACAUGGUGGAUUCGUAUGAUUUACGUGGAGACUCAUGGUUUGAUGAACUGUAUGAGAUUAGGGAGUCAUGGAUUCCGACUUAUUAUAAGGAUUAUCAUAUGUCCAGUCUAAUGAAAACAACAUCCAGCCAACGGACAACACAUGGUUCGCUAGAGGUGACAACGAAGAGUACGGUUCCUCGAUUGGUGUCUCCUUGCAAAUUAGAAGCUCAUGCAGCAGAAGUAUAUACACGAACGAUAUUUUUUGAAGUUCAGAAAGAGUUAAGAAAGGCUGUUUGGCUUUGUGGAUGGGAUGGAUUCACUGACGUUGGUGAAACCCGAGUGUACACCAUAACACACAAGAACAAAGCUUCUAAGAUCACCACAAAGUUGUCAAGAACAAGAUUGAAAACUUGUAUGAUUGCUCAUGUAACUGUUUUUGUUCGUAACAUGAUUUUAUGUCGUCAUGCUCUCAAGGUAAUGUUAAAUGACGAGGUUGAUAGCAUUCCAGAUAAGUAUAUACUUCGCCGUUGGAGAUGCGAUCUAGUCCCGGUGGAGUGGGUACCAGCAUGUUUCAGAUAUGGGGAAGUUGACGCUGAUAAGGAGAGGUUGAUGAGUGUUGCUUUUUCGUAUUUUGAACGUAUUCUAGGUCGAUCACACGCUCAAGAGACAACAAAAUCUAUUAAAGAGUUUCUUGGAGUAUCUCAACCCGAAAAUAUUGAUGUUCUACCUCCAACCGGCAUACGGAAUAAAGGUUGUGGGACUGGUAAGAGACUUAUUAGCGCUGUCGAGGAAGCAAUUACGUAUGGCAAAAAGCAGAAGAGAAAGUGUCGGUUAUGUCGUCAAAUGGCUAUACAUGAUUCGAGGAAUUGUCCAAAACGUGAUUCCACUUAA